GCUUUAUGACAAAAACCCUUUCUUCUCUCAACAGCAAAACCCAAUCGGUGAAAGGAAAAGCUUAAGAAAGAAAAAUGGAGGAGGUAAUGGCUAUCGAAAGGUCCUCUGAGAAUGGUGUGUCGACGUUUGACGAUGGAGCACACAGCCACUGCAUUGCGAAGACGGAGGACAAAGGUGGAGUCGAGAGCAAGAGGUUUUACUUGGCCCGCACGACAGCUCUUGAGAUGCUCCGCGACAGAGGCUACCAAGUUUCAGACGCUGAGCUCUCCCUCUCUCUCUCGGAGUUUCGUUCUGGUUUCGGUGAGAAGCCAGACCUUGAACGCCUCCGUAUCUCCGUGCCUCUCCGCUCUAACCCCAUGAAAAAGAUACUUGUUGUGUUCAUGGGGUCUGAACCAGUCACAGUGAAAACAGUCCGUGCUAUUCACAGUCAGGUUUCCAGCACUGUAGGCUUGCAUGGGCUGAUUCUCGUUUUACAGAGCAAAAUGAACCACUUUGCUAAGAAGGAACUGGCAACCUUUCCUUGUACUGUUGAAACCUUCCCGAUAGGAGAUUUGUUGGUCAACAUCACAAAGCACACUGGACAGCCAAAGAUUGAGAUUUUAACCAAAGAGGAGAAAGAAACGUUGCUGAGUGAGCAUGCGCUUGAGGACAAACAGCUUCCCUUGUUGAAGGAAAAGGAUAGCUUCGUGAGAUACCAUGGAUUAAAGAAGGGCCAGGUGGUGAAGAUUACAUACAGCAAAGAGCCUGUUGGCCAUUUCGUCACAUACCGAUGCAUCGUCUGAAGAACCUGCAAUAUCAUUGCAAUCCGCAACACUUUUACUUGUUCUUCAGAAAAUAGACUGUUGCUUAAGACCAUAGUACUUUGGUUUAAACUGUAAUAAGAGCUUGGACUUGGUUUCAAAGGAGGAAAAACUAGA